AUGGGGCGCUUCGCAACACUAAAUGCCGACACUCAAGACCUUGUGAACUGCCUUCUCCCUGUCCUAGCUGCCGACUUCAAAGUCAAGACCGCGCUGGAGAUCAUUCCGGUAGACAUCCGCAUGCGUGCGUGGGACUGUGAACGGCGCGACCACAUCAAGGACGAGACGGAGAAUGACCCGCGCAAUUGGGGUGUCCAAUUCCUCAAGGAUCUCAAGUCUAUCACACGCCUCAACGGCGGUAACCUUGAAGAAUUUCAAGCACGCCUAAGGGCCAAGGUCGACAAGCACGAGGCCAAUCAUCCAUGGUGCCGCCUAAGUGACGUCAAGGAGCUCAAGGCUGAGUACGAGCAUCCCGAUCGCCCAAAGCCGCCAUCUGACUGCGAGUCCUACGUUUCUUCCAUUGACUCGUACCUGGAAGAGCUACAUGAGCCAGAUCUGCCCAAGGGUGUGAAGCGGGAUCGAAAGCGCAACCAUGAAAUUUACGAGACUCGUCUGCAACUACCACGAAAGCAAGGCCGUCUCCGCCGCGCUGAAGACGGCACGGUCUACCGCAAGGUGAAGAAUACAGACAAGCGCCGCAAGAUCCGCGAAUCUACGGAGCGCAGUACGCCCGAUAUCUACGCUCGUCGUCCUAACAGGACAGUGGCCUCGGAUGAGGACGAGGUUGAUAACGCGUACUUCGGUGACAUGCGUACCCGUCCUCGUUCAUCGUUCUCAGCCACUCCACGAGCGUUCUCCCGCUCUGACAUUGCAGAUGCCGUGAACACAUCCAACGAACCACUUGAGGUACAGAAGCUGCAGGCUGAGCUCGAGUUGGCUGAAGCAGAGCUUAGGGCUGCCCGCCUGAAAUAUCAGUACAUUCAAGCGCGAGAGGCCGCUGGAAGAGGUGGAGCACCCAAGUUGGGUUAG